AUGGAAAUUUAACAAGGGGAUCAAUUGAGAGUGGCAGCAAAGCAUCAUAUAGAGAGUUUUAAUUACUUGUACACCCAUGGUUUAGUUGAGAUAUGUCGACAUCUUAGUCCAAUAGAAGUUUGUGUACCUGGAAAUCGAGAGAUUCGGUUACCAUUUAAGAAUAUGAAGAUUUGGAUUGAGGAACUAUAAAUAGGAAUGCCAACAUAAUAAGGCAUGUUGGGAGAUAAUAGGGUUUUCCCAAGUCAAUGCAGAUAAAUGAAGAAGAGUUACACAGCUCCUAUGUUGGCCACCAUAUGUAGAGAGAUUGAUGAUAAUUAAAAGGAGACAGUACGUUUAUCUUUGGGAGAGAUACCAAUAUUGGUGAAGAGUUAGAAGUGUCAUUUAAAUGGGCUGAACGCAGAAGGUAUGAGUGAUUUGGCUAAAUGAAAGAAUUGGUGCAAUAGUAGGAGGAUUGUAAUGAGUUUGGAGGUUACUUUAUAAUAAAUGGAAAUGAGAAGAUAAUAAGAAUGUUAAUUAUCUAGAAGAGGAACUACCCAAUAGCAUUUAAGAGACCUGGGUAUAAAAAUAAGGGAUUUAACUUUUCACCUUAUGCAGUAUAGAUGAAGUGUGUGAGAUCAGAUUAAUAUGCUAGAACAAUAACUUUCCAUUAUUUGAUGGAUGGCAAUGUUUAUUUGAGAAUAAUUUUAAAAAAGAAGGAAUUACAAAUGCCAGUAAUAAUAUUAUUAAGAGCAUUAACAGAUAUGAAUGAUUAUUAGAUAUAUUAAUAGAUAGUGCGUUCAUAGGCAGAUAAAUCAGAUAUAUCUGAUAGAGUUGAAGUGAUGAUUGCUGAUGCUAAAUAAAGAGGAAUAAAUACUUAAAAGGAUGCUCUUGAAUAUAUUGGUAGAUUAUUAAGAGUGGAAUUAAAUAUUUUUAAUUGUGAGACAACAGAUCUUUAAGUUGGUAGAAUAUUUUUGAGAGAACACAUUUGUGUUCAUCUAGAGAAUGAUUAAGAUAAGGCUUCAAUAUUAUUAUUAUGCAUUGAAAAAUUAUACGCUUUAUUUAUUGAUGAGAUAAAUGCUGACAAUUUAGAUUCUUUAGUAAAUUAGGAAGUUCUAUUGUCUGGACAUCUAUAUACAGCAUAUUUGAGAGAGAAAUUAGAAGAUUUGUUAAUUGGAGUAAGAGAAAAGAUGUUAAAGGAUGCUUCUAAAGAAUAAUCUAAGUUAAGAGAUUUAGGAUAUUUUAAAAGAUGUUUUGAUUUAUAAACAACAGUAGGUGAAAAAUUAGAGAAUUUUUUGGCUACUGGUAAUUUGAGAUCAUAAACUGGGUUAGAUCUAAUGGAAGCCAGUGGAUUUACAAUAAUAGCUGAUAAAUUAAAUAAUAUGAGAUUUCUUUCACAUUUUAGAUCUGUUCAUCGAGGAUCAUAUUUUGCUUAGAUGAAAACAACAACUGUUCGUAAAUUAUUACCUGAUGUUUGGGGAUUUGUAUGUCCUGUUCAUACACCAGAUGGAGGACCUUGUGGUUUACUUAAUCAUAUAACAAUGAGUUGUGUUCCACUUACACAUCCAGAUGAAUAAGAAAUAGAAUCAUUACUCUAUCCUUUAGGUGUAUAAUGUGAAAGAUUGAUUUAUUCUAAAAAUGAUUUACCAGUUCUAUUAAAUGGUAAAUUGAUUGGUUAUUUAAAUUCUCAAUUGUUAUCAACUUUUGAACAUACUCUUAGAGUUUAUAAGUCUAAUGGAACAAUUAAAGAAACUACUGAAGUUGCAUGUUUACCUAGAUAAGAUAAAAAGUCUCCUCUCUUUCCCGGUGUGUACAUUAAUACAACAGUAGCUAGAUUAAUGAGACCAGUUAUUAAUUUAAAAUUGAAUUCUAUUGAAUGGAUUAGUCCAUUAGAAUAAAUUAAUAUGAGUAUAGCUUGUACUUAAGCUGAUAUUCGUACUGAUACUCAAUAUUAAGAAAUUGAUCCUGCUUAUAUUUUAAGUAUUCUUGCAUCAAAUGUGCCAUUUCUUAAUUACAAUUAAAGUCCAAGAAAUAUGUAUUAAUGUUAAAUGGCUAAAUAAACAAUGGGAUCUCCAUGUCAUAAUUAUCCUUAUAGAUUUGAUAAUAAAAUGUAUCGUAUACUCUUUCCUUAAAAACCAGUUGUUAGAUGUUUUGGUUAUGAUGAUUAUUAAUUUGCCGAUUAUGCUAGUGGAACCAAUGCAAUUGUUGCAGUUAUCAGUUAUACUGGAUAUGAUAUGGAAGAUGCUAUGAUAUUGUGUAAAUCUAGUUAUGAGAGAGGAUUCGGUCAUGGUAUUAUUUAUAAAUCUACAGAGUAUUCAUUAAAUGAUGAUAAGGAAGUCAAAUAUAAAUUACUUAGUUAAAUAUCUAUAUAAUUAUAUAAUCAAGUUAAAUCAUAAAUACCUGUAAAUUUAUUACCUUAUGGAUUACCAGAAUAAUCUUAAGUAGUUAUUAAAGGUAAUGCUGUGUUAGCUCUAUAUGAUACACAAUUGUAAUAGGUGAAAGUUUAUCUUUCUAAAGAUAGUGAGAGUUCAAGAAUUGAAUAAGUGGCAGUUGUUAAUAAGUCUGAAAAUGAUGUAUCAGUAAUGAUCAAAUAUAGAAUCAAUCGUAAUCCAAUAAUUGGUGAUAAGUUUUCAUCUCGUCAUGGUUAAAAAGGUGUAAUGUCAUUGUUAUGGCCAUAAAUUGAUAUGCCUUUCUCUGAAUCUGGAAUGGUACCUGAUAUUAUUAUUAAUCCUCAUGCUUUCCCUUCUAGAAUGACUAUUGGUAUGUUAAUUGAAAGUAUGGCUGCUAAGGCUAAUGUUUUAUAAGGAGAAAUGUUUGAGACACAUCCAUUCUAAAAUUAUGAAAAUGACAAUGUUGUUGAUUACUUUGGCAAACAAUUAAUUAAACAUGGGUUCAAUUAUCAUGGAAAUGAAACCUUAUAUUCUGGUAUUUAUGGAACUCCUCUCAAAGUUGAUAUCUAUUUUGGAGUUGUCUAUUAUUAGAGAUUAAGACAUAUGGUUUCAGAUAAAUCUUAAGCUAGAAGUAUGGGACCUGUUGAUGUACUUACCUAAUAACCAAUCAAAGGUAGAAAAAAAGGAGGUGGUAUUAGACUUGGAGAAAUGGAAAGAGAUGCUCUCAUUGCACAUGGUGUUGCUUAUUGUAUUAAUGAUCGUCUAUUAAAAUGUUCAGAUUAUUCAGAAAGUAUUUAAUCAUUUCGAUCUUUUUAGCUUAUAUAUGUGACAAAUGUGGUAAUAUGUUAGCUACUUAUUAAUUUGUCUAAUUGUUAUCUCUAGAAAAUAUUUAAUCUGUCUAGAGUUCUCAUCCUUAUUGUGUUAAAUGCAAAUAAUCUAAGUGUUCCAAAGUUGCUAUACCAUUUGUACUCCGAUAUCUUGUAAAUGAAUUAGCAGCUAUGAAUGUUAAAUUAUAAUUUUCUGUUGCUAGAUCAUGA